AUGAUUGAGAAUAAUGAGGCUGGGAAUUUAGACGCGCAAGAAGCACCUGUCGACUUCUCCCACAAUGAUGCAGGCCAUGUUCAUGCCCACCCAUCUGCCAAUAUGGACAAUAACCCUGCUCCUAACAAAAGUUGUUGUGUCACCGUCGAGGAUGUCGAGGACGAGGAUGGUAGUUCCUCCUGGCAUUAUUUGGAACCUCAACUGGAUGCGGGCUGGGCUCUGCGUGGCGGGGAGACAAAAUUUGAAAGAUGUAGAAGAUAUCAAGAGGAAGAGGGCGAGGAAACAUGGUCACCUUUUGAAGAUGCCAACCCUUUGUUCAAGGAAAAUAUUGCAUACUCACCUGCCAGAGCAUAUGCAGAUGCUGUGGGGCAACACAGAGUGAUCAAUGAGAUGUGGACAGCAGACUGGUGGGGUGAGAUACAAAAAGCCUUGCCCAAAGGUGCAACUAUAGCACCAAUUAUUCUAUCGUCAGACAAGACCUGCUUGCCGCAGUUCCGAGGGGACAAGUCUGUGUGGCCGGUGUACAUGUCUAUUGGCAACAUAUCCAAAGCAAAAAGGCAUCAAGCAUCAGCACGAGCAACUGUCCUCAUCGGUUACUUACCUGCAGGGAAGUUGGACUGCUUCACCUUGGAUGCACGCUCCCUGGCUGGAUACAGGCUGUUUCAUCAUUGCAUGAGCAGUGUUGAAAUGGUCUGUGCAGACUCGCAGAUUUGGCAUGUCCACCCCAUACUGGCUGCGUAUUGCUUGGUAUCUUGUUCCAAGGAGAAUUGCUGUCCAAAGUGUCUGUGUGACCCAGAGUCAAUGAAAGAUACUCUGGAAAGGCAUAAGUUAGGUCAGCAUCCUCCAGAAUUUGAGGAAAAUGGUCUACAUGCCAUUUAUAAACCAUUCUGGGCCGAUUUGCCUCAUUCCAACAUCUUCCUGGCAUUCACUCCUAAUCUUUUGCAUCAACUCCACAAAGGAGUAUUCAAGGACCAUCUUGUGAAGUGGUGUGUUGACAUUGUCGGUGAGGAAGAGAUGGACGCGCGAUUCAAGGCGAUGCCGGAUUAUCCGAGGCUCCGUCACUUCAAGAAAGGUAUAUUGGCUGUUAAACAGUGGACUGGAACUGAGCAUAAAGAAAUGCAACGAGUGUUUGUUGGGUUACUCACCAGAGCAGUGCCUAGCUGUGUCUUGGUAGUUGUGUGUUCAAUUAUUGACUUUUCCUAUUAUGUGCAGCUGCAAACUCACACCAUGGACACGCUCAAAGCCCUACAGACUGCCCUGGGAGUCUUUCACACCAACAAAGAUCAUUUCAACAUACCGAAGUUACACCAAUUAACUCACUAUGUUGAUUCAAUCACGUUGUUUGAUGCCGCUGAUGGCUUUAAUACUGAGCUUCCCAAACACUUGCAUAUCAACUUCGUGAAGGACGCUUACUGUGCAAGCAACAAGCGUGAUUAUGAGGAACAAAUGGCUUUGUGGCUUCAGCAGCAGGAAGCUGUGUUUUUGCAUGGUGCAUACCUCGAUUUGAUAUCACAACAACCUCUCUUGGCAGGUCGUGGAGAGCAUCAUAUGUUUGACUCAGACUCAGACUCUGAGUCUGAAGAAACAGACUCUCCCAAGUCUAACACAGCACUGAUAUUGCCAUUGGCUGCUGCCGAAGAAGUUCAAGUGACCUGGCACAUCAUUGCGAAGGUUCCAGCAUAUCCUCACCAAACUGUUGCAAGAAUUAAGACAGCCUAUGGCACCACUGAUUUCCUCACUGCUCUCCAAACUUUCCUUCGCAAGAACCUCCUGCACAACACCAUCAUACCUAGCCUUUAUGACCAUUUUGACGUUUAUCAUCAUGUGGUCAUCAUAGCACCGCCGGAUCGACGAGUCAGUGAUACACCUAAAUGGUGGCACAUUAGAGCAAUGCCUGAAGUUGCUGCAUCAGGGCAGAAUCCUGGUCAUCCGGCUUGUUUUGAUAUGGCACUGAUAUCAGACAGGCCUCAGUCUUCACGCUUGUGCACUCUUGAUGUGGCUCAGGUUCGCACUAUAUUCUCUCUCCCUCAUCAAUUUGGCACUUACAACAGGACCCUGGCUUAUAUCGAGUGGUUUACACCAUUCAGACCUCCAGAUCACCCCUCUCAAAUGUGA